AUGUUUCAUAAUGAUAAUCUUAUCAAAAAUUGGGCAGAAAUUAAUAACUCAUUCAAUAAUUUUAAACAUGUUUUUAGAACUACCAAUAAAAUUAUUAUAAAUAAAUAUUUUAAUAUUAAUACAGAAGAGAUAUUUAAUAACUAUACAAGUAUAAUAGACCUUUUUAAUAGAUCAUUAAACAUAAUAAAUAAAGAUACCAACAGCGAAAGUCAUCAUCACCACCAUUAUUCCUGUAAUAAUUCAGAUUGUAAAGAGAAUAACAAUAAACUAUUCACCUUAAUAAAUAAAAAUAGCAUAUUCUUUAAUAGAAUUUAUAAUAACAGUAUCAACAACUCAAUAUAUAUUGUAUACUAUUCAUUAGACUCUAUAGAGAAGCUCAAAGUUUCUAUAUUGCUAUCUGAUAGGAACCCAAAUAAACAAUUAAAUCAAAUCGAAAAAGCACUAUAUGAAAUGAUUUCAAAAGUUCAAAUUACAAUUCACCAUACAUCACAAAUACAGCAUGAUAUCGAAAAUCAAACUAUAAAAGAAUUAAAUGAAAUGAAAUCAAAACUAAUUCAAGAUAUUGAAAAUAAUAAUCAAUCAAUAAAAGAAAAAAAAGAGGAAAAGCAAAAAAUUAAACUAAACUGUGAAAAGAACCCAAUGCUUGUUCAUUUAAUCGAGGACCACUUAAAAGAAUUAAGAAAUGCAAUAAAGAACACAAUCGAAGAAACUGAAAAGAAAUCUGCUCAACUUGAACAUUUCAAUACAAUCUUUUUAAAUCUAGAGAAAAUCAUUGAAUAUUUAAAUCAUUUAUUAGCAUUUUGGGCGAUAUUAAUAAAUCAAUUAAAUUUUUUAUUUUCAAAUAUUAGAAAAGAAAUAAUAAAUAAAAACAACCAUAAUAAUAACAGUAAUGAUAGUGGUGAUGAAGAAAGUGAUAGUAAUAAUAGUGAUGAUAAUAAUAAUAAUAAUAAUAAUAAUAAUAAUAAUAAUAAUAAUAAAACACAUAAUAGUCAUAAAAUAAGCGAAGACCAUCUAAGCAAUACGGAAUUAAAUGAUAAUAAUCAAGAAAAAGAUGAAAAUUUAGAAUUUAUAAAAUCAAUUGGUUUUUGGUGUUUCGAAUUUCUAUCAAUAGUUUAUGUAAACCAUUGCGCAACCAACACAAUUUUUAAAAUUAAAGAAAAUCAUUUAGAUUGGGUUAAUAUAAACAAUAUCAAUUUAAAAUCAGACUAUUCAGCAAUCAUUUCAGAUGUUUUUGAAUUGUUAGAUUACUUAAAAAAAGAGAUUAAAGAAAAGGAAAAAGAUAAAUUAAUCAAUUAA